UUCAUGUGUCUAAUGGAAAGGUCUCGUGCGUCUCUUGGCACCUGAGUGACUGGCUCCUGCCUACCUCCCCCAGGAAGCCCAGGAAACCACGUGAUGGCAGCUCUGCACCUGUGUGCCGUGUCCCAGGCCAAGGUGACUUUCGAGGACGUGGCUGUGCUCCUCUCCCCAGAGGAGUGGGGAUGUCUGGGCCCUGCUCAGAGGGGCCUCUACAGGGAUGUGAUGCUGGAGACCUACAGGAACCUGGUCUCUCUGGGAGCUGGACCUGCAGGUCCCAAGCCUGGGGUGAUCACACAGCUGGAGCGAGGGGAUGAACCGUGGGUCCUGGACACGCAGGGUGCCGAGGGGAGUGAACGGCUGGGAGUCAAUGGCUCAGCUCAUGGGAUCAGCACUGAGUACAGGGAGUUGACUUCAGGGGAGAUGCUUGACAGGGCAGAACUGGACCGACUCAGGGGAACUGUUUCCCAGGGACCUGAGCCAGGAGAAGCCUGUACACCUGUUGGGGAGCUGGAGGAGAGCCUGGACCAGCCCAUGGAGCUGGGAGGCCCCCAGCCAAUCACACUGACCAGCAGAGAGAGCAGCCGGGAGUCUGGGGGAAGACUCCGGUUGGGUUCAAGCCCUGUCCCUGAUUACAGAUCUCACAAAUGCAAUAUAUGUGAGCAAAGUUUUGAACAGAGAUCAUAUCUAAAUAACCAUAAGCGUGUACACAGGUCAAAACAAACAAAUAUGGUUCAUGAUUCUGGGGAAAUCUUCAGUGCAAAUGUGGUUGUUAAAGAAGAUCAGAAAAUUCCUGUUGGGAAAACAGUGCAUUACUGUGGUUACUGUAGGAAAGCCUUCAGGUACAGUGCAAACCUCGUCAAGCACCAGCGGCUCCACAGUGCGGAGAAGCCCUACAAGUGUGAUGAGUGUGGGAAAGCCUUCAGCCAGAGCUGUGAGUUCAUCAGUCACCGAAGGGUGCACUCGGGGGAGGUCCCCUACCGGUGCGACCAGUGCGGGAAGAUGUUCAACCGGAGGCCCAACCUGAUGAAGCAUCAGAGGGUCCACACUGGGGAGAAGCCCUACCAGUGCAGUGAGUGUGGGAAACACUUCAGUGCCUACUCUUCCCUUAUUUAUCACCAGCGAAUCCACACUGGAGAGAAACCCUACAAGUGCAGCGACUGUGGGAAAGCCUUUGGUGACAGCUCAGUCCUUAUCCGCCAUCGUCGGACUCACACUGGAGAGAAGCCAUUUGAGUGUAAGGAAUGUGGCAAAGGCUUUACCCAGAGUUCUAACCUUAUCCAACACCAGAGAAUCCACACUGGAGAGAAGCCCUACAAAUGUAAUGAAUGCGAGAAAGCCUUCAUCCAAAAAACCAAACUUGUUGAACAUCAGAGAAGCCACACUGGAGAGAAGCCCUAUGAGUGUAAUGACUGUGGCAAAGUCUUCAGCCAGAGCACACACCUCAUCCAGCAUCAGAGGAUCCACACGGGGGAGAAACCCUACCAGUGCAGCGACUGUGGAAAGGCCUUCCACAACAGCUCCAGACUCAUCCAUCACCAAAGGUCGCACCAUGGAGAGAAGCCGUACAAGUGCAGCGAUUGCAAGAAGGCCUUCAGCCAGGGUGCUUACCUCACCCAGCACCAGCGGAUCCACACCGGGGAGAAGCCCUACAAAUGCAGUGAGUGUGGCAAGGCCUUCCGGCACAGCUCCAACGUGUUCCAGCAUCAGAGGAUCCACCUCCGGGAGGACUUCUCCACCUGACGCUGAAGGCCCCGGAGUUCUGCCAGGCACUUCCACAGCCCCGUUAUUUAGUGGCCGCACAGGGUUGCCACAGGUGAAAGGCAUUUCUGUUAAAUUUUUAAAAACCUCUUAAACCAAAGCAGUGCAUGCUCAUUUGAGAGAAACUGAGGAAGGCAAGCAAAAAGGAGAGGCUCCUAUACUCUUUCCUUCUUAGAAAAAGAAAAUUCAAUUUAUCAGAAACUAAUAAAGUAUUCUCUAAAGGGUUAAAAAAAGAAAAGAAAAGUCAUCACUGCUGACUUAGUGUGUUUCCUCUCAGACACUGAGGAGCCCUUUGAGAGGUGUCUAAAUAUUUUAAAGAAAAUACUGUUAUGCUUGUCAUUGCAGCACCCAGGACUGUUACCUUUGCUCUUUCCUUAAUGCCAGAAAAUUCACACUGGACAGAAUUCCACAUAUUUACAUAUAGCAAAUUUUUAAAAAUUAACAUAAGUCAUACUUUUCCAUGUACUUAAUAGAGU